AUGCAAUCCGACACUUCUACAGUUUCAUCUAGCCAUCUAUGUUACUGGGCAAACAACCCAUGUUCACUCAACAAUGAAAAACGCCAAGAGCUCUUUGCUAGACUAUCAGCUCUACAUAAACUCAGCCGGCCACACGUCAUUUUUUUUGCGGAAACUUGGUUCACAGAUUUAUCAGACGUUGCCGUACCCGGCUACCAACCACAUCGCAAAGACAGAGACAAUAGGGGCGGUGGAGUUGCAAUUUACACAAGAGACGAUAUCAUAGUCAGCGAAGUUAGUUCUACUCAGCUCAAUUCAACAUCAAUUGAGCAAAUCUGGCGAAAAAUAAAACUUGGUCAAGAAUCAUUUCUCCUCGGUUGCUUAUAUCGUUUACACGACGAAAAUGAUCAAAAUCUUACUCAGUGUAUCACAUCGAUCACUACCGCUCAACAAAUACUGCCUAAAAUAAACUGCUCUGAAAUGCUACUGUAUGGCGAUUUCAAUUUUAGCCAUACAUCUUAUGAGCCUAUCGAAGUUAACAGUGGCAUUGCAACUGUUGCUCACGUGAGAGGUGAGCGUCAAGGCGACAUCAAGUUCCAGAAGUGUCUUAAUGAAAGUCACUUAACUCAGCUUAUCACAUUCCCAACCUACUGUUGUAGUCGACACGUCGAGCCUACUAGUACACUCGACCUUAUUAUAACAAAUGAGCCAGACCGUGUAAUCUUCAUUAAACAAGGCGAUUCUCUUGGUGACACUCCAAUGGGCCAAGCACACUGCUUCAUCGAAGGCCAAUUUACUGUUGCAUGCCUCAACAAUUCGCCAACAUUGCCGCUAAAACCUCGAAUCAUUUGGAGUCGAGCAAACUACGCAGCAAUAUCAGCACAUAUUGCAGCUGUUGACUGGGAAACAGUAUUCACUGGACUAAAUGCAAACGAAGAUUAUCAACUUCUAGUAAACUUGUACAAUGAAGCCACUAACUUACACAUUCCGUCAACUACCACUCCCUUUAAAGGAAAACAGGAGCAAUGGGUAACACCAGAACUUAUUGAGGCGGUCAAAGCUAAACGUACUUCUUGGGCCAAGUACAUUAAUGCAGGUCGAGAUACGCACAAAUUUCUCAAAAUAUCGCAUCGUACUGCCUGCAAAAAAAUUAAAAAAAUGAUCAAAGCUGGUAGGCAGAAGUACGAAGAGCUACUCCUCAGGGAUUUCGAAAGCAACCGUCAAACGCUUACAUGCAUAUAUAAGAAGCAAGUAGAGCGUCAGUAA